UCAAAGCGGUACAUGCGUCUGUUUUUGACUCACUCAAUGAACAGUAUUAAAUUUAUAUGAUAUUACUCUAAUUCCAUUUAUAUCUUUAAAAGGAGUAGUUUAGUUUGACCUAGUGAAAUGAGCAUUUAGAUAGAAAGUAUUUCUUGAAUUUUAUCAUAAUUAAAGGUUUGAUGGUUCGAAGCUAACACCAACAUGUGGACAUUUUUAAAUUUAUUAAUUACUCUAUUCAUUCUUUCGCUUCCAACUCGGAUUCAGUGUGUGGAAAAGAGAAGCAUAGAUCUAAUAGCAGCCCACGGUCUCAUCUCGGAUACGAAGUUGCCCAGACAUGUAACUCCCAACUUCUACGACUUACACCUGCAGGCUUUUCCCACUUUUGGUAACUUCAGUGGGAAAAUUACCAUCAACACGACUGUUCAGCACCACACGAACGAGAUCGUCUUACAUAAGCAUGAGGCUUUGGUUAUCAGGACGUUGACUGUCAUCAAACUUACACCUGCGGACUAUGAAAGCACGAACGAAACUAAAGAAUCUGGCUUCAAAGCAACUAUAUUGCCUUCAAAGUGGGAACAAGUGAAGAAACAGUCAGUUAUGACGAUCACGUUAACUGACAAAGUUGAUAUCGGAGCAAUGCUUGAUAUAACCAUCACAUUUGAAGGAAAAAUGUAUAACAAUACGUCGGAAGGGCUGUUUAGAAGUUCUUACGUGGACUUGGAGACCAAAACGACCAAAUGGUUCGUUGCUGCUUUCAUGAGACCGAAUAUGGCGAGAACUUUGUUUCCUUGCUUCGAUGAACCCGCUUAUAAAGUCCCAAUUAAAUUAACAAUGACCAGACCGAGGCAUAUGAAGGCAAUAUCCAAUAUGCCUCUAGAAGCCACUUCAGGGGAUGAUCCUAAAGACUCAUGGGUGACUGACGUAUUCCUUCCGACCCCUCCAAUGGCAACGUUUUCAUUUUCUUUGGUUUUAUCUGAAUUAACUUACAUAACUCAUAAUCUCAGCGACAGCAAAGAGAUCAAAAUGAAAAUUUGGGCCAGACCAGAUUUUAUUGAAGCUCUGGUGAACGUCACGAGUAAAGUUUCAAAAUCGAUGAGGUUCUUGGAAGAUUUCUGGCAAACUCCUUAUCCGUUACCAGAGAUUAAUAUAUUUGCAAUACCCAAUUUCCAAGCGACUAGACCGGCAGAUGGUUGGGGAAUCCUAUUGUUUAAGGAGAGCGAGUUAAGCAGCAAAGGUUCAUGGCAUCUAACACAAGAGCUGGUUUAUCAAUGGCUCGGGGCACUGACAACCCCAUUUUGGUGGAGUGAUGCCCAUAUAAAUAACGCUUUGGUGAAAUAUGUGACUGCUUACACCACCCUUAAAAUAGGAGAGAAUGAAACGUUUAACAACUGGCCCACCACCAUGUUAUAUUCGAUUUAUUAUGAGUUCAGUAAGAGAUAUCCUCAUGGUAAGAAUACUGCUAUCAAGCAGGACUCGUCGUCUGCAAAAACAGAAUUAGUGUUUCGAAUGUUAAAUUUUACUCUUGGGGAGAGCACUUUUAAGCAUGGGAUGCAAAGGUUUAUGGCUGACAGGCAAUUUAAAUCAUUUUUUGCCGAUGAUAUAUGGCAAGCAUUGACUGAUCAAGCAAGAUUUGAUGGAACCUUACCAGAACCAAUCACUAUAAAUGAAAUUGCUGGUUCCUGGAUUAACAAAGAUCGUUUGCCAGUGGUUACUGUUAAUAGAAACUAUAACAAUAACACGGCCAUUAUUAACCAGCGCGUUUAUCUUCGAGAAAGACCCCACGAUGUGCCAGACCAAGAAAAGUUCUUAUGGUGGAUCCCUUUGGUGGUAAUCAGGCAAGACAAAAUGAACUUUUUGAACACGACACCCCCAAUGUGGAUGAGGAAGGACAGAGAGGUGGAAAUGAAGAAUUUACCUGAUAAAGAUUAUUUUAUCAUCGUUAAUCCGGAAGAAAUAGGUCCUUUCCCUGUUAACUACGACACCGAAAACUGGAACAAGCUAGCCAAGUUCUUACAGACAAACGAGAGAACGAAAAUUCCAGUUUAUACGAGGGCCAAACUUUUACACGACGCCUGGAAUCUGGCUUAUGCCGGAGAUUUGAGUUUCGCCACCGCCUUGAAUAUGACUCUCUUCUUAAAAUAUGAAAGGGAAUAUUUGGCGUGGGAUCCAGUUUUUACCUUGAUCGAUCACAUUGGAAGGCACAUUGACAGCUCUGCUGUUCAUAAGAAGUUUCAGACGUACGUUCGCCUACUUCUCACCCCACUGUAUGAAGAAUUAGGGAAUGAGCCUCAAAAAGGCGAAUCAGAAGGACGAGCACACCUAAGAAGCUCAUCCAAAGUGUUUUUAUGCCAGGCCGGUUACAAGCCGUGCAUAGCGGAGGCACAAAAGGCUUUCAAGACGUGGAUGGACAGCAAAGAUCCAGAUGAAGGAAAUCCUGUAGCCAACCAGUACAUCUGUCCAGUUUUCAAAUGGGGCACGAAAGAAGAAUGGGAGUUUGGACUUCAACGUAUCAUUAAGUUUCCAGCAAGUCGUAAGCCUAGUGAAAGAACUUACUUAUUAAAGACCCUCGCUGGGUGCCCCAACGAUCCAGAGAAGAUUGAACGGCUCCUGAAUAUCACGGUGCUUGAGCAAAAUGGAAAUUUCACUGACAAUGAUAUUUACUUGAUCUUUAGCAUGCUUACUGGAGGUGCCAAUGGAUAUACAACCCUGUUCAACUUCCUUAGGAAAAACUGGGACCUAAUCAAGGCAAGAUUCGAGGAGAAGCCAAUGCUCUGGAAUAGCAUAAUAACAUCAGCGACGUCAGUUUUCAAAACCCAAGAAGGUCUGGACAUGGUUUCCGAACUGUAUUUGGAGCGCCAGACCGAGUUUGGCAACGCGGACUUCGUCAUCGAAAAAGCCUUAAAGAAUAUAAAAGAAGAGACGAAAUGGAGCAGCGAGAAUCUACCAGUUAUCGAGAGAUGGCUGGAUAACUACCUUAACGAGAAUAGUGCUGCUGUAUAGUAAAACUAAAAAAAUAGUUAAUGUAGAAACACAGUGGCAAAUAAAGUUAAUGAGUUUA